GCCGGGCCGGGCCGGGCCGUCGAGGAUGGCGCUGUGUCCGGCCGUGCCGCCGUCGUGGCGCUACGGGUUGCUGCUGGGCGCCUACGGGGUCUUCCUGCUGGUGGGCGCCGCCGUCUUCGCUGGCCUGGAGAGGCCUCCCGAACGAGCCCUGCUGGCCGCCCUGCGCGACGCCCGCGCCCGCCUGCUGGCCGAGCACCGCGCGUGCCUGUCGGAGGAGAGGCUGGCCGGCCUCCUGGAGCGCCUCCUCGACGCCGGCAACUACGGCGUCUCCGGCCUGGGCAACGUCUCCGGAGACGAGAACUGGGAAUUCACCUCGGCUCUCUUCUUCACCGCCAGCGUCCUCACCACCACAGGUUAUGGACACACGGUCCCUCUCUCGGCUUUGGGCAAAAUAUUCUGCAUCCUGUACUCGCUGCUGGGCAUCCCCAUGACCCUGUUGCUCCUGGCCGGCCUGCUCCAGCACCUUCUGCCCCUCCUCAGCCACCGUCCCGUCCGGUACAUCCAAACACGCUGGGGUUUCCCACUGGCCCGCGUGGCCCUUGUCCAUGCCAUGGGGCUGGGGCUGGCAACCCUGGGGCUCUUCAUCCUCAUCCCCGCCAUCUGCUUCUGGGCUCUGGAGGGCAGCUGGAACUUCCUGGAGUCGGUGUAUUUCUGCUUCAUCUCCCUCAGCACCAUCGGCCUGGGUGACUACGUGCCGCGAGGGAGCUCACAGCCGCCUCUGCACGAGCUCUACGAGCUUAGCAUCACUUGCUAUCUCCUCAUUGGCUUAUUGGCCAUGCUUGUGACUCUUGAGACGGCCUAUCAGCUACAGGAAGUCCGGGUUUUUGUGCAUUUCUUCGCUCCUGCCAGUGACCCACCCCAGGACGACGACGACCGUCUGGAGAUCUUGGCCAGAGACCAGCUUGCCUUGACCACAGUGUCUGGUUCCACUUCCCAAGAUGUGCCUAUGGAAAGAGAUGCCACUUGACAUCUCCUGGGGGGAGCCAACCCUCCCCCAGUCACCGUUGGUUUUAACUGGUGUCUCUGUUGAUGGAUGUCUUUAUUUGCGUUCUUGCUGUUUUAUUGUAUUUUAUUAUAUUUGUAUUAUUGUUGUUGUUAACUGCCCUGAGCGCCAUUUGGCGGAAAGGCAGGGUGCAAAUUUAAUUGAUGUAAAAUUAGAAACUGCACUGUCAGCUCCCCUUGCCAAUGUCCAGCCUCCAGUUUGCACCCUAGAGAGGAAGAUUACAUGUGAUGGAGAAGCAUGCAGAGAGGAAGCAAAGACUUUGCAGGGCAUGGAGAAGUCGUAAGUAGGAAGCCCAUCUUUUCUCUCGGGAUGAAAAGGAAAGAGCUGAACCCUUUCCUCAAAUGCAGCACUUUGUGAUUCUGUGGGAUGACUCCAUUCAAGUAUGGUUGAUCUAUGUCCGAUUGCUCUUCUAAAAUGGCGAAUCCAGGAAGCAGUGCAAAUUUGACACCACCUCCUAGAAGACUCACAUGGAACUCUCCUUCAUUCUUUCUCGGUCCACAUUCACAACAUAAGUAAAAAGCACUACGAUGCCACUUUAAAUUAGAGUUAUGGCUUCCCCCAAAGCAUUAUGGGAGCUGUAGUUUAUUAAGGGUGAAGAGAGGAGACCCGCGUUCCCCUCACAGAGCUGCAAUUCCCAGAGUGGUUUAUCAAUCGACCCCUCUUCCCAGGAAUGAUGAGAACUGUAGUUCUGGGAGGGGAAACUCUCAGCAUCUUUAACAAACUACAGCUCCCAUGAUCCUUUGGGGGAAGUCACAGCUUUUAAAGUGGUAUCUUAGUGUUUUAAGUAUAUGGUGUGAAUGUGGUCACACACACUCAGCACAUUAGGACCCGAGAGAUGCAGUAGCCAUGAAAAUUCCUCAACAUGCACAGCUAUUAGGCUGCCCCACACAUAGUAAUUUUUUAAAAAGCUUCCAUUCCAUACCUACAAGGAAGGAAAGCUGUGGUUUGGAUGGGGAGGCCCUGUAUGCUCCUCCCAGUCAAUUUCUAGGUGUUUCCCACUCUGGGUACGUUUAGCUUGGAAAAGAGGAGACUGAGAGGAGAUAUCUCCAAAUAUCUCAAAGGCUGCCGCAUGCAAGAGGGAGCAAGCUUGUUUUCUCCUGCUCUGGAGGGUAGGACCCUAACCAAUGGCUUCAAGUUGCAAGAAAGGAGAUUCUGACUAAACACCAGGGAGACGUUUCUAACAGUAAGAGCUGUUCCGACAGCGGAGCGGUCUCCCUCGGCAGGUGGUGGACUCUCCUUCCCUGGAGGUUUUAUGUAGCCUGGGCAGAUUCCAAAGGGCCAAACAUAGAGGCCCCGAGGGCUGCAUUUGGUCCCGGGGCUUCAGGUACCUGAACAAA